UACUACUGAGCUCCAAAUGCUCCCCGACUCUUUUAUUUUUGAGGCAGGGUCUCCCUAAGUUCCUGAAACUGGCUUUGAAUUUGAGAUCCUCCAGCCUGCACCUCCAGAGUCGCUGAGAUUACAGAUGUGCGCCACCGCGCCGUGCUACUUCUUCAAUUUUGAUAAACCAGGGACAAUCUCGCAAGAACUCAAUAGCAUACCGCCCGUGGCUCCACUUCUUGAGUGUCAGCUGAUCACAGUGGGCGGGCUCCGAAUAUUCAUUCAUAAGAAAGGCACUUGGAGUGCCAGGGGCCAUUUUGGAAGACACAGAAGAAAGGAAGCAGGAAGGGACUCCCCCAGCCGCCCCCAGCCGAGGGCGCGCGGAGAAGCAGCAGCUUGGCCUUGCCAUUUCGCGUGCAGACCAAGGUUCCCCGGGGCAGGGUGCCCCAGUCGCCGGCUUAGUCUUUCUGGAACCCGCACUCACUUGCCUCACAAGGCUCCUGCGAGGGAUCCUGCUACCAGGAAAGAAUUUCAGCUCGAAUCACAUGGCCACUGUGGACAUGAACAUGUAUGGACUUGGAGACUCUAUGUGGCAAGCUGAAAAGGUCCCUCCUGGAGUGCAGAAUCAGAUAGAAAUGGAGGAUCGUCGACUGAGAAAAAGGCAGAAUGACUCUCUCUCAGAAGCUACGAGUGCUUUACUGAAUUCUGAAGGAAAAGUGAUGAAGCCUGAAAUUGAGAGGAAAGAGGAUAACAAAGACAGAAUAGGACAAGAUUUGGACCAAUCUUUGCAUACUAUCCAGUCAUGUGCUCAGAAUGACCUUGAGUCCAUGCAGGAUCCUGAGGAAAUCCUGAAUUUAUUGAAACCAUGGAUUGAGAAUAGCUCGGGUAUGAGUAUUUUCCCCUUGCAAACAAAUUUGUACCAAAGAAAUGUAACACAUACAGUUGUCAUGAAUGCUUCCAGUGCACUGGACUUCCUCAGAGAGAGAAAAAGUAGAAGCCGGUCGUAUUCAAGAUCACAGUUGCACACAAAGAGGGCCCCUGUCUAUGUACAAGAAGAAAUUGACCUAGAAAAGAAGGCUGCUAAACUUUUUAACAUGACAGAACCUAUACACAAAAAACAUUUGGAUUUGACUGAAUCCACAAACGUUGAGAUGAAAUUUUUCUCAACAAGAAAGGCGUUACAGCGCAUUAAGGAGAUUGUCGCUCGAUCUGUUUCUGCAUUUGGAAAUACUGAUGGCGGAUAUUUGUUCGUUGGUUUAAAUGCCCAGGAAAUAGAAAGAAGUGGUCCUGAAAGAAAGCAGCGUUAUUUCUCGAAGAUAGAAAGUGAAAUCGAAAAGCAUAUUAGCAGGCUGCCUGUCUAUCAUUUCUGUAAGGAGAAAGCGAAGAUUAAUUACUCAUGCAAAUUCCUAGAAGUCCAUGAUGAAGGAGGUCUGCAUAGAUAUUUCUGUGCACUCCAUGUGGAGAGAUUCUGCUGUGCCGUGUUUGCCAAGGAGCCCGUCCUGCUUGUGAAAAAGAAACCUGUUUUAUACUUGACCAAGGAGGAGCGUAUCAAGUACAUCACGGAUGCCAAGCAAGGUUUUUCCAGCUUAUCUAAAGAAGCGUCUCUUCCGCCAGUGCUCACAGAGAAGAUGAGAUGUAUUCCAGAAGCCCUCUGCAGGGAACUGUUCUCGCAAGAGGAAGCACUUGAACAGUUAGUACAGAAGGAGACGGGCUCCAUUGGUCAAGGCAUACUGAUCUUCUCUAGGAGCUGGUCUGUGGAUCUGCACUUGCCAAAGAACGAGGAAGUCAUCUGUGAUGCACUUCUGAUUUCCAAGGACAAUCCACCGGUCCUGUACACCUUCCUCAGGAUGGAAGAGGAAUUAGAAAAUGGUUCCACUCUCCACAGGGAACUAGAUGAGAAGAUAAAGGGGUAUUCUUCCCAAACUGCCCAAGUUUAAAGCAGAUGCUUACAAAACUUGGUAAUUAUACUGAGAAAAUAUGUAUCACGACGAAGAUAUUCUGCUUGAACCCUAAGGGAAAAAUAAUUGCCUUUUAUGAUUCAAGUGAGAAAGCAUUUUAUCCUGCGUCCUACUAUGUUGCAACAUUUGAAACCAUGAUAGACCAGCUGAAUGCUCUUUUUAUGGUCUUAAAGAAACUCGGGUCUGUGAGUGAGCAGUGGGCCUCUGAGAUUUUCAAUUAAUAUAGAUCGCUUAUAGGAAAAUUCCCUGAGGAGGUUUAAAUGGUGUCAAGGCCUCAUCCAAAUCAUAGAAGGUGCACUGGGCUACUGAGAAAUUUUUCAUCAUAAAGAGGAUGAUGAUCUCCAAGUCUGAAAAAUGAUCUCCAAAAAUGCUGCAAGCAAAGCAACUUCACCUAAUUGGAAAAAUAAAUGUAGCCUGUGUUUACUUCUUCCUGAGCCUUUGGGGAUUAUGAUUUGGGAGAUUUUAGAAUUCAAGUGUUCCAGACUCGGAACAUAUGUAAAAAGAUUUUUACAUAUGUAAAAAGAUUAUGCUUAAGGGUGAUUAGGAAACUUAAUCAGUUCACUAUUCUGUGCACGAUGGUUAUUUACUCGGUUCCUGGUUCAUGGAUAGACUUUGUUCCAUUUUUGGAUCAGGACAGACUGCUGACCCUUAACAAGAAUGAGAACUGUCCAGGACCUACUCAUAGAACUUUGUAACUUGGAAAAUAUCAUUGUUGAUGAAAGUCAUAAUUUCCCCAGUGGGAAUGAAAAAGAAGGGAAAUGUCAUCUCCCCCAAAGAAAGACCCCAGGAAUUCUUUAGGUCUUCUUGGACUACUUUACCUCUGCUCACUUGGAGGAGUCGAAACUUUCCUGAUCACUCUCGUAGCACCCUUAAAUACUCACCCGAAAAGUUAUUUUUCUACAAAUGGUUCUGAAUAAAGAAUGUGAGUGGAUGAAAUCCUACAAAAGCUCUCUCACUCAUCUCUGGGGGAAAGCAGCUGAAGGAAGUAGAAACCCUCACCGAUAUGGAGAGUUUCCAUAAGAAGAGGAGCACCAGGGUUUGGCGUUUCUCCCUCAUCAAAGAUGAGCUAGGGACUGUCCUGAAUCCAGUGGAGCCAGAUACAUCCUGGCUGCGGUGUUCUGAGUCCACGUCCAGGAGGCUCAGUGGGUCCUUGGAACAGAGAAUAGAGCUGGGAGCCCCGCAAGGCGCAGUUGAGAGGAGAGGAGCAAGGCCCUCAGAAUUCUGAGAAGAAGUAAACAUUACACAGACCAAAUUUACAAGCCACGUUGUCGUUUGAAUGUAAAAGAUAAUGACCUGUGCUGGUCAUUAUCCUGAAAGACGUAAUCCCAAACUCCAUCAUUGCAAAUGUUUAAAUCCCAAAAGAUCAAAAUGCCGAGUCUGGAACACUUGAAUUCUAAAAUCUCCCAAAUCAUAAUCCCCAAAUGCUCAAAUCUCCAAUGGUGAAAUUCUAAAAAGUUCCAAUUCCCAAAACCACAAAUCCCUGAAAAAAAAGAGGUCAUUUAGAGGGACAGGAAGCUGAAUUCUGGGGAAGUGACUGGCCACGGGUCAAGGCGGUGUGUCAAGGCAACAGUGACAACUUCAAUGUAAAUGUGUCAUGGUGUGCACUGACGUUCCCUCCUGAUGAUGAAACUCCAGGAGCUUAUGUUGAGUUCAAGUCAUGUUUGCCUGAAGGAGCCAGAGAGGUUACUGACUUGUGUAAUAUGGACACCAGCACCGUAUGAUAAGAAGACGCUAUGCAUGUUACUGUUCCGGUCACUGUAUUGUUCCUGCAAUCCUUGGUCUGUAUGGGAACGCAUGUGGGAUAGGUUUCCACGUCUCCAAAACACAGCACGGAGGUUGCGAAUAUUUCAUAGGAAUUGCUUGCGUCAGUAUUUAUCGAACAUGCAACAGUUUUGAAAGGAGCAGUGCCAUGAAGGAAAUGGACGUCAAUGUGUUCUCUCAGGAGAGCCAAGUCCUAAAGCUCAAAAGCAGCCAUUCAUGGCAGUCAGUGCUUCACAGUAAACCAGGCUCGCUGACACCCACCUGUUAUCCCAGUGACUUGGGAGGCUGAGGCAGGAGGAUUGUGAGUUCAAAGCCAGCCUCAGCAAAAGCGAGGCGCUAAGCAACUCAGUGAGACCCUGUCUCUAAAUACAAAAUAGGGCUGGGGAUGUGGCACAGUAGUUGAGUGCCCCUGAGUUUAAUGGCCGGUACACCCCCAUCUAUCUAUCUAUCUAUCUAUCUAUCUAUCUAUCUAUCUAUCUAUCAUCUAUCGUUAAUGAGCUGGAGGCCUGAGGUUCAACCAGAUUUUAUGGAGUUGGAGUACAGUCGUGCAUACAAUGUAUCCCUUUAAUGCACAGUCAUACGAUGAGUUUAAUUAAUCUUUUUUUUCUAUGUUUGAGCAUUUUCUCUUCAUAUCAUUUCCAGUACUGGAAAUAUAGAUGUGUAAUGACUUUUAGAGAGUCCAAUUUUGUUUCUGCACUUUUGCAAAUUGGACUCCAUGAAAGUACAUUACCAUAGCGUUGUGUUGACUUUCUACAGAAUUAUUGUGCGUAUAGAUAAAAAUGGCGAAACUCCCUCCAUAAGUGAAAGUCUUUCUGGUAGAUCUGGGAUUGGAAGGAUAAAAUUAUAAAGAUUCCAGUUCUUGGGUGGUUUUAGAGACAGCGGUGACUCUCCUGGUUUUGAUCAGGCUCAUCAGUAGAUUUGGGUUAUCCUUCAUCGAAUUCGGGUGACUGCAGUAAAAAAUUGAUGUGGACACAGUUGCCAAUCUGAGUGGUCCACAUUUGUAUGUGUCGUUGUCGGAAGUAUUUCUUUUGGAUACAGUGAAUCUGCUGAGAAUUGUUAUGCAAAUGCAACUAUCUUUUGGACCCUUGAGGGUUCAUCAUUACCCUGAGGUAAUUUCAUACUCAAGAAGAGAGAAGUGAGAAAAAGGCCUCCCACCAACACCAGUGUCUGUCACGGGAAUUGCAUGGUUAUGUCUUUGAGAUGAGACUGGAGCUCUUCUCCUCCCAGUUCAUGAAUGGUGAUUCAGAGGAAGGACAUCUGCAGCCUGAGGACUGAGAGGAAUGAGGAUGGACUCUGAUCCAGAACCACCAGGAUGUUCCUGAUAUCGUGCCAAAUUCUCCUGGAAUUUGGCAUGAAGGACCGGAGGGGAUAAAAAGUCAGCAAAUGCAUCCUCCUCCCAGGGAAUUCUGAAAUUCUCUAGAAGCAGGGCUGUGGACCUGGACUUGCAAGCCAAGCAGGGAGUCAUCUGGGAUUCUCUGCUGAUCCCACUGAGCAGCAUCUCCGUCCUCUGCAUUGUCCUCCGGGAGCAGGAUGCAGAAGGUAAUAAAAGGAUCUGUGAGGCAGUGUCCCGGAAAACCUUCAUGAAGAGGGACUUUGAAGACAUUCAACACAUCACUGUGGAUGAAGCUCAGAAUUUCCACACUGAAAAUGGGGACUUAUAUGGGAAGGCAAAAGCCGUCACUCAGAGGGAAAAGGAAGUCCAGAAAUUCUCUGGAACUUUCUGAACCAUUUUCAGACCAGCCGCUUGGAUGUUAGCGGUCUCCCUCCUCUUUCAUCCCAGUAGCUAAGAGCUCACCAGAGUGAUCCCCAAUGCAGAUGAAGUCGCCCAAUACCUACCAGAAGUGAUGAAGGUCAUUAGAAGAAAACCACCAUGCAACAUCCCCCAUGGGUCCUUGGAGGUGCUUAUGAAAGCCGAACAACUUCGGGGUUCUAAGGAACUAUGCCAAUUGAGAGAGAGAUUAGAAAUGUGAGCCACUGCAUCUGCAUUUUUUCCUGAAUUCUUGAAAUUUGUCUUUGCUCUAUUGAUUCAGGACAUGGAAGAUUCCCGAGAUAAUUCAGUCACUGAAUUAUCUCAAGCAUUUUGGCAGAACAAAGAGCACUGGUAUGGAUAUGUAAGGUACUUCAGUUGCCCUUUUUCAGAGAAAUUUUAGACCAAGAGAAAGCACACAUACACACCUCUUUUUUUUUUUCUGGAUUUCAACAGGAGAUUGUAUUAUGGAACAGAAUCAGAUUCUACAGGUGUGUAUAAGCUCCUAAGGAACAGGAAUAGGAAAGAAAGUCUUUUAAAAUCUACAAGUCUUCUGGGGAUGUCACUUUGUGGUAGGUUCUUACCAAGCAUGCCUCUGGUCCUGGGUUAGACUCACGUGGACACAUCCCAACAUCAAUAGCCUUGAAAUGACGAAUUCUCAUCUCAGUUCUACUUACUAAUGUAUAACAUAGCUACUGAAGUAUUAAUUCGAUCUUUUUUUUUUACCAUUUUUAUUAAGAAUUUUUCAUUUGUUAUUUUUAGUUGUAUAGGACAGUAGAGUGUAUUUUGACACAUUAUACAUAAGUAGGGAGGGAAGAAUAAAAGUAUUGACUCAUCCUUAAA